GCCCAGCUCCGUGGAACAUCCUGCAAACAAGUCGGGGAGUCGAAACCAAACUCCGCUCAGUUUGCCCCUCGCAGCGACGCGCAGCACUUCGCUCCCUCCGUCCGCGCUCCUGUCGGGAUGCCUCUCCGUUUGGAGGAAGUCUGUGCGCUCCAGCUCUAGCUGCCCCAUCCUGCCACUUAAUGCUGGACUUAUGACUGAGCACCGCUUUAUUAAUAUCAUCUCCGGACGCACGGCGGUGGGACAUCCGGCAUGGGGCGCCCGUAAGAGGAGGAGGAGGAGACCACGGUCCGCUCUGGUUUGGUGAAGAGCGCGCGAGCGCACCGACGCACGCGCCCUCGUAGCCAGCGCGACAUGGACUUCAAGAAGACAAAAUUUGGAAGGUACAUGAACUGCAGGGUUCCGGCCAAUAAGAGAUACCAGCCCACUGAGUACGAACAUGCAGCCAACUGCGCUACACACGCGUUUUGGAUUCUUCCCAGCAUGGUUGGUGGCUCUGUGCUCUACUUCCUCUCUGUGGAUAAAUGGCACAGAGUCGCUGCCUUGCUCUAUGGCAGUGGUCUGACUGGCCUCUUCCUCACCUCGACGCUCUUCCACACAGCUGCCUGGAAAAUCAGCCAUCUCCGGAGGCUGGAGGAACGUUUCCACAUGUGUGACAGAAUGGCCAUCUACUUCUUCAUUGCUGCCUCCUAUUCUCCUUGGUUGAUGCUGAGGGAGCUGGGACCAUGGACGUACCAUAUGCGCUGGCUGAUCUGGGUCAUGGCGUGUGUAGGGUCCGUGUACGUCUUUUUUUUCCAUGAGCGGUACAAACUGGUAGAGCUGCUGGGCUAUGUGACAAUGGGCGCUGUUCCUGCUUUGGUCAUAUUGUCCAUGGUGGAGCGUGCAGGCGUGUGUGAGCUCGCUCUGGGAGGGGUCUUCUAUUCAAUGGGCGUGGUCUUCUUUAAGAGCGAUGGACUCGUUCCUUUCGCCCACGCCAUCUGGCAUCUUUUUGUCGCAGUCGGAGCGGGCAUUCAUUAUUACGCCAUCUGGAGGUACCUGUAUCUUGUAGAACCACAGCUGCAGACGUCCAGGUGACGGACCCACCCUCCCCAGAUGGACACUGAAUUCUGAAAGCUGCUGAUUCAAAAGGCGUAGCAGGAUACUAAAAGUUGCACUUAAACUGAACCAAGUGGUUUGCCUUCAUGAAAUGAAGGCUGGUUAUGGGGAGACCCAUGCUGGAUUGGAGCUGAUGGUCAUACUGUUAGAGACCAAACACCCGAUCAAAGCCAGUAAACUAAGAUGUACAACAUCUAGCUUCAAUGGGAAUGUUGUUAUAAUCCUGCUGUUAAACACUAAAUUUUAUUAUUUUGUCCAUCUUGAAGACUGAUGAUGUCCAAAUGGGUCCAAACAGUAAACGUUUGAGCCACUUUAGUUUUUUUUUUUUUUUUUUCUUUUGAAGCAUUUAGAUUCUGCUGUAGAAACAAACUAA